GAGUACGUAUGCAGUAGUAGAUAAGAAACACGAGACUCACCCUCUUGAGAAAAAAAGGGCAAGAAGAAAAAUCGAGAACAAUGUAGCAAAGAGAUUUAAAAUUACAAAUACUCACAAUCAAGAACAUAAAUAAAAAUACAUGUGUAUGUAUUAAAAAGAGGGCGAUAGAGUUGUCAAUCUCUUGGACUGAUUCGCUUCAAACUCCAGCUAUAAUAGCUCUCUAAAAAGAUAGCAAAAACAAGGCACGUAGAGGAGCCAAAAUUUAAGGGAGAAAGCAAAGAAAAGUAGGUGGUAAAACCAAGUGCAUGGAGAGAAAUACAAGGGAUUACUAUAAAUCAUGAGUAUUGUGAUACAUAUCUUCUUCUUGGUCUUGCUGGUGCUGCUGUCUUCUUAUCAAACAUUUACUUUUGAUUCUCUCCUCUAGCCUCUCUCUCUAUAUGCCAUUUAAUCUCUUUAUAUUUUAGCCCAUCUUGCUUCUUUCAUUUCUCUUUAGUAAAUUUUUUGAAAUUUAUUUCUUUCCUUGAUUAAUUUAUUAGCCUUCCUUGUAGCCCUCUCCCUUCAUUUUCUGUCAUAUAUAUACAAACCUAUAUAAACACACACAAAUACAUACAUACAUAAUACUACUCAGCUUAUUAUAACAUCAAUACAAAUGGCUGUUCAAGCUCAAUACUCUUCAAAUGUUCUCCUCCUCAACAGAGGCAUACAAGAAGGCAAAAUUCAAGGCGGAAAUGAUUACACAAUGCAGGCGCAACAAGGAGCAUUUCUUGAUCAACCUCGUUUCAUUUUCAGCAAUAAUACACCUCCAGUGAAUGAUAAUCAGGAUUCUCGUAAAAGAGGAAGAGAAAUUAAUCCAAUAUUUUCUUCUUCAUCUAUGCAUCAACAACAACCUCAACUUAUAGACCUUACCCAGCUCCACACCCCGCCGCAAAACGCCGGCGUCUCCACCGGCCUCCGGUUAUCUUUCGGUGACCAUUUGCAGAACCAAUCUCUAUCUCUACUCCCUCAAGAUUUUGCAGCCCAGAUGAAACAUCAGAGAGAUGAAAUUGAUCAGUUUCUCCAAGCCCAGGGUGAUCAGCUGAGGCGCACGUUAGCAGAGAAGAGGCAGCGGCACUAUCAUGCGCUUCUCGCCACGGCGGAGGAAGCGGUGGCGAAAAAGAUAAGGGAAAAGGAGGCGGAGGUCGAAAAGGCGGUGCGGAAAAAUGCCGAGCUUCAGGCCAGGGCGGCGCAUUUUAGCGCGGAGGCGCAGGUUUGGCAAGCAAGAGCAAGGGCCCAAGAGGCCACGGCAGCAUCACUCCAAGCCCAGUUGCAAAACGCUAUAUUACGCCAGGGGUGCGCGCAGAAUCACGACGGGACGCUAACGUGCGCGUCCGGUGACGUGGCAGCAGAUGAUGCCGAGUCAGCCUACAUUGACCCGGAGCGAGUCGAGGUGGCGAGUGGACCGAGUUGCAAGGCGUGUCAAAAGCGAGUUGCAUCGGUGGUGUUGUUGCCUUGUCGGCAUUUAAGUGUGUGUGCAGAGUGUGACGGUGUCGUUCAGGCUUGCCCACUUUGUCUCUCUUUUCGAAGCUCUAGCGUUGAGGUGUUUCUCGGAUAAUGGGCCAGCUUUAAAGCCCGUCUGGACAAAAGCCUGUUUAUUGGGUUAAAUCUAAGUCCUUGUUAUUGGCCCAAUGGUCAGUAGGCGGACACGUGGAGCUUGAUGAGUAAACUGAGAAAAGGCAUUAGAAAGAAUGAAAGAGACUAAUUUUAAAUAAUUUUUUGCCUAAUAAUAAGAAAAACCAAACAAACCUCGUAUAUUUGGUGUUUUGGCAGAUUUUAGUUUAAAAUUAUAAUGUAAAACAUAAAUUCUUUUAUUUUUAUUACAAUUUUGUAAAUA